GAAGCCUGCUGUCCUGUCUCCUGUGGCCUGUUCUGCUUCCUGUCCCUAGCCCAGAUGGACAUAUGUGGCAGGAGUCGGAGACAGGUGCUUCCGGAAGCCCGGGACCCCGCUGUGAAGAGGACCCAGCCACGCCCCUUGUCCAGGGUAAAUGGCUGGUCUCGGCCUCUCCACAUAUUCCAGGCAGUCUCCUGUACCAUGUACCUGCUCUUGUCAUUCAUCACCUUUGGGAUCUUCAUCCCUUUCCUGCCAGAUGGUGGGAAAUACGCUGCCUACACUGUGGUUGGCGGGCUGUUCCUGUUCCAUCUCAUCGUCCACCUGAUCACAAUUACCAUUGAUCCAGCUGACUCCAAUGUCCGACUUAAGAAGAGUUACUCCCAGCCUGUGCCGACCUUCGACCGGUCCAAACACGCACAUGUGAUCCAGAACCAGUACUGCCACCUGUGUGAGGUUGCUGUGAGCAAGAAAGCCAAACACUGCAGUGCCUGCAACAAGUGUGUCUCUGGCUUUGAUCACCACUGUAAAUGGCUAAACAACUGUGUGGGCAGCAGGAACUACUGGUUCUUCUUCUGCUCCGUGGUCUCAGCCUUGGCUGGUAUGCUCUGCGCAAUGAUCAUCCUGCUGUAUGUCUCCAUUAAGCUCUUUACCAACCCCAGUGAGCUCCGCACAGACCCCCUCUAUAAAGAGGUCAGCACUGUGAACACAUGGCUGCUGUUCCUGCCGCUGUGCGCUGUGCGGGUGAAGACCCCCGUGGUCCUUUCAGUGCUCACUGUGGUGCUGCCGCUGGUCCUCACCAGCUCCGUGCUGCUCGGACACCUGCUCAUCUUCCAUUGCUACCUGUUGGCCAAGAAGUUGAGCACAUUUGACUACAUAAUGCAGGCCCGUUUCCAACAGAACACCAGUCCCACGGAGAGGAAGGACCUGUGUGCACAGACAGAGGAAGGCCUUCUCCAGCAGCCCGUACACCCCGCGGCCACCGCGCCCCAAUCCCUGCGCAUCCCUAUCCCCGCACCCCCAUCCCCGCAGCCCCCGAUCCCCGCGCUCCCCCCGCCCCGCCCCGUGCACCCCGAACAGCAGAUCAUCCCCACCCAGAUCAUCCUCACCCAGAUCAGCCCCACCCUGAUCAUCCCCACCCAUAUCAUCCUUACCCAGAUCAUCCUCACCCAGGACAUCCCCACCCAGAUCAUCCUCACCCAGAUCAUCCCUACCCUGAUCAUCCCCACCCAGAUAAUCUCCACCCAGAUCUUCCUCACCCAGGACAUCUCUACCCAAAAGAUCCAUCCCCCAGGGCCUCUCUGGCCUAAGGCCAUUUGCCCUGGCACCACCAGCUCAGGGACCUGUCUCUGA